CCCCGCCGCCCGGACGGCCCGAGUCGCGCCCUCCCGCCCCGCGCCGCCGAACUUGCUCUAACUUCCUCGGCCGAGCCGGGCCGCGCCGCCGCUGCAGCCGCCGCGCGCGGAUUCUGCUUCUCAGAAGAUGCACUAUUAUAGAUACUCUAACGCCAAGGUCAGCUGCUGGUACAAGUACCUCCUUUUCAGCUACAACAUCAUCUUCUGGUUGGCUGGAGUUGUCUUCCUCGGAGUUGGGCUGUGGGCAUGGAGCGAAAAGGGUGUGCUGUCCGACCUCACCAAAGUGACCCGGAUGCAUGGAAUCGACCCCGUGGUGCUGGUCCUGAUGGUGGGCGUGGUGAUGUUCACCUUGGGGUUUGCCGGCUGCGUGGGGGCUCUGCGGGAGAAUAUCUGCCUGCUCAACUUUUUCUGUGGCACCAUCGUCCUCAUCUUCUUCCUGGAGCUGGCUGUGGCCGUUCUGGCCUUCCUGUUCCAGGACUGGGUGAGGGACCGGUUCCGGGAGUUCUUCGAGAGCAACAUCAAGUCCUACCGGGACGACAUCGACCUGCAGAACCUCAUCGACUCCCUUCAGAAAGCUAACCAGUGCUGUGGUGCAUAUGGCCCUGAAGACUGGGACCUUAACAUCUACUUCAACUGCAGUGGCGCCAGCUAUAGCCGAGAGAAGUGUGGGGUCCCCUUCUCCUGCUGCGUACCGGAUCCUGCGCAAAAAGUUGUGAACACACAGUGUGGAUAUGAUGUUAGGAUUCAGCUGAAGAGCAAGUGGGACGAGUCCAUCUUCACGAAGGGCUGCAUCCAGGCGCUGGAGAGCUGGCUCCCGCGGAACAUCUACAUUGUGGCCGGCAUCUUCAUUGCCAUCUCGCUGCUGCAGAUAUUUGGCAUCUUCCUGGCGAGGACCCUGAUAUCAGACAUCGAGGCGGUGAAGGCCGGCCAUCACUUCUGAAGAGUGGAGUUGAGGGAGCCGAGCUGAGCCACGCUGGGAGGCCAGAGCCUUUCUUUGCCGUCAGCCCUACGUCCAGAGGGAGAGGAGCCAGCACCCCAUCUUCAGCAUCAGCCUGACAUGACCUGUCUGUUUCUGCUUGCUGGUGCUGAAGACCAAGGGGUCCCCUUGUUAUCUGCCCAAACUUGUGAUUGCAUCCCUGCUGGGGUCUACUCAGAGACAGAAUGUGUCUUUAUGUGGGAGUGGUGACUCUGAAGGACAGAGAAUGCUCCUGCGGCUUCCAGGAGGGCUUGACUCAGUCCCCCUGCAGCUCAAGCACGUUUGCAGGACACCCUGGCCCCCUCUCCACUGGUGUCCAAACAUCUGCUUUGGGUCAUCCACAUCUGUGGGUGGGCCAUGGGUAGAGGGACCCGAAGACGUGGACAGGGCAUUUCUCUCCAUCAAACCAAGCAGCACGGGGACCUGCCUGUAACUGGGGAGGCAGACGGGGCCCCACUGGGCCUCUGAGUGCCAUUGUGGUCUGCGGGGGCAUGCACACAUCAGGGGUUGUUUGCAGGAUCCUCAGCCAUGUUCAAGUGAAGUAAGCCUGAGCCAGCACGUGGACUGGUGCCACGGGAGUGCCUUGUCCACUGCCCUGCCGUGCCUGCCAGCUGUUCUCCCGGUGCCAGAACUGCCUCUGGUCUUGACAGCAUUAAGCCCUGGUGGCGAUGGUGGGGCAGUGGACAUGGUUCUUCACUGAGAGCCGGCUCUCCUUUUCUUAAAGUAUGUAAAUAGUUUAUUUAUAGGGGUAAGAAUGUUCUCACACCAUUUCACUUCCUCUUCCUCUCCUCCAGCAUUCUUCCUUGAGCAGCCUUACAUGGUGUCCACGGCUGGAGCCGACCCUUUGAAUCCCCUUGAAUGUCUUAAGAACCAGCCCGUAACAGCCUCUCCUUCCCUUCCAUAUACUGCAGCCUCCCUCCAUGCAUCCCAGGCACAAGCACUCGUCCACUUCCCAGCGUGGCCUCACCGUCUUCUGUCCUUGGUGCUACUGAAAUUGUCAGCCAGAACUUGAAUCCUGACCCUCCCCACUACUGCAAGCCCGGGGAGCCUCAGCCCAAGGUGGCCAGGCCAAAACUGUUGGCCAGGGCUCCUCUUUUGGCUGCGUACCCAGGGCUGGCCGGCCUGCCAUUGGCUCUCUCCGGACAGCCGUUCUGCAGCCAGGCCCAGGGCCAAGCCAUGACCCCAGGCUGCAGCUGCUCAGAAGGUCCGGCGUUUUGUUUCUGACUUAAGUGGUGACCGCCCCCCCCCACCAUAGGAUAUCAGUGGUGAGUGGUCCACCCUUCCUGUCAGGGCUGUUCUGGGGACUGCUCUUAGAAAUUGUCUUCUUAAAUACUGAGUAACUCCCCUGGGGAUAACUGGGACAUUUGUCCAGCUGGGCUGCUUUCUAACGCUUUGCCAUAUCUCAUACCACUUCUUUCCUCAUCGUUCAGGGAUUGAGUGCAACCUUCGGUUACUUGCUGGAGUGUACAUUCUAGUGUGGUGUAUACCAGUGGCUGUUGAUGAUGAUGUCGUCAUCUUUUUUUCCUUUUUCUUUUCUUUUUUUUUUUUUACAAUUUUCUGUAGACUAGGAGAAGAAGAAUGCUUGUGUUUUUAGGAAGUGUGAUGCCUCUCUUUGACUGCCAAACUCUUUUAUGGAAUAUAUCUUUAUAUCAAUGCUGUUGUUUUGGUCGUUUUUGUUUGGAGUCACUAUCAAGAUGCUGCUAUGCAUCUCAGUGGUGAACGCAGCUGCCAGAGGAACCAAGGGAGAGGGUAUGUAGACCUUACAGAAGGGUGGAUAGUAAAGGUGGUUCGUCAAUAGCAUGAUCUGACUUACAUUUUAUUGAGUGAUUUUUUUUUUUUUUUUUAAGAUUCUGUACGGCAGCACUUUCAGUUACCCUUUGUGUGCAGGCUGCAGCCAGCACAACUUGGCUUGUGGUCUAUCCCCAGCUGUGUGAGCUGGAGAAACUUCAACUCCAUAGGUCUAGAGGAAACAUUAUUUUAGGCUUUCUGUCCACCCUGGGUGAUACUAUUUAUUGAUCCAAGCAAGAGAGCUUGGGGAUGCCAAGUCAAAUUGCGGCAUAGAGUUGAAGUCUGGGCAGUGCCACUGCGUGAGCUGUGUAUGUCCUGGGCGUGCUGGCCUGUCUGUGAAGGGGGUUGGUGACGGUGCCCGCUUCACUAGGUGCCUCUGGCCCAGCCUCCCAUGGGGAAGUGGGAGGCCGCAGAGCCUGCCUGCUAGAGCGUUUAGUGGUGCUAAAACCUCCUGGAAGGCUCCUGUAGGCCUGACCCUUCUAUUUCUGUAGACCUAGUUCAGAAUGAAGUCUGAGUGUGACUUCUGCAGAGUUGGGUUUGUCUUUGGCCAUUUUCAGCCAUGUCAUGUGACUCUGAAUAAUUGGAUGAGGAAUGGAAAGAAAGCAAGGAUGAGAGCUGGGCAUCUGGCAGUUUCCGCCCAGCACGGGCUGUCUGCACAGAGGCACCGGGCAAGCCUCCUGCACGCUCCCCACCCAGCACUGGCCUGCCCUGAAUCCCCACCUUCCCUGGUUGGAGGCCUGCUGUGGCAUCUGCACCCUCUCCUCACCCCACCAUGCACAUACUCACUUUAAAGUCUUGGGGUCCUUCCUGUACCCCCUCCCCGAUCCCGGUCCACCCCACUUCCGGAUCUUGCCACGUUAUUUUUCCUGUCCCCUAUUCCUGUCACUAGCCUGCCUUUCCCCAUCCUAAAAACUUGCUGUAGCCCUGUGGCUGCCUCCCUUUCUUUCCCAGGCAGCUUCUUAUCUGGGUUGCGUGUACCCCUCCUUUCCACCACCCACCAUGCCGCAUGUAGCUGAAAGCUGCCUAUCCCAGCUGUCAACCCAGACCUUCCUUUGGCCUCUGUAGCACCGGACACCGCACUCCUGAAAGUCCUCUGCUUCAGAGGCCCAGGCUUGCCAGUUGUCUGACCUCUCCCAUUCGUCUGCUCAGGACUCCACUGCAGCUGUCCUUACUGGCCUCCAGGGAAUCCCACUUCCCAGAGGGCAGGGCUGUGGGCUGGGCAGAAAAACCCAUCUGCAUGGUUCACAAGAAGCCUGGCACUCGGUUUCUCCAUGAAUAACAAUGAAAACUGAUGGAUACA